AUGAGCAUGAUGGGCCAGCUGAUGAAGCCCAAGAAGACUGAGAUCACGGACAAGCUGCGCCAGGAGAUUAACAAGGUUGUCAACCGCUACAUCGACCAGGGUGUCGCAGAAUUGGUGCCCGGUGUGCUGUUCAUUGAUGAGGUCCACAUGCUCGACAUUGAGUGCUUCACAUAUCUGAACCGCGCUCUCGAAUCCAGCAUCUCCCCCAUCGUCAUCCUUGCCUCCAACCGCGGCCACACGGUCAUCCGUGGCACCGACGACGUCAGUGCCGCCCACGGCAUUCCCCCUGAUCUGCUCGCCCGUCUUCUUAUCGUCCCAACCCAACCAUAUGCCCCCGAAGAAAUCAAGACCAUCGUCCGCCUGCGCGCCAAGACCGAAGGCCUCGGUAUCACAGAACCUGCUUUGAACAAGGUCGCCGAGCACGGCAGCAAGGUCAGCUUGCGGUACGCCUUGCAGCUGCUGACCCCCGCCAGUAUCCUUGCGCGCGUUAAUGGCCGCCCCGCUGGCAUUGAGGAGGCUGACAUUGCUGAGUGUGAGGAUCUGUUCCUCGAUGCCAAGCGAAGUGCUAUCAUCGUGGGUCAGGAUAGCGACAAGUUCUUGUUAUAG